AAUUACAGUACUGGUCUCUUACAACAUGGUCAUAUUGCUUGUACAACUGCUGGCAUGGCAAACUAUGAGGUAACAAUUCCUGCAAAAUUUCUCUUUAAUGCUUUCCCCGGAGGUAUUCCUAUUGGAGUACCUGACAAUUUUAGCAUAGAUUUAUGGGAAUUGCAGGAUAUAGCUCUGAAACAUCUG